CACAACCUGUUUGUUGAUCGCUCUAUGUGGCUUAUUAACACCCCGAGUUUAUUAUAAGCCGGGUUGAUUUCCCAUGGGGCUUUAACUUGCCGUCGCCAGGAAGAGAUCGCUAACUGUCUGACAGCAGACACGGCAACACAACGACUAUGUCCUGAGAUUGUAUUUGGCGACGGAUUUACACUGAGAGAGGCUUUUCAAAUGUAGCUUGUUAGCUAGCUGCGUCGCGUACAGUGUAACACACAGCCUUUUUUGUUCAGGUCCUGGACAGCCUCUGCAUGACAAAUGAUCACCAAUGUUAACUACAGAUAAGGUGCAGAAACAGCGGUUGCUUUGUUGAGAAACGUGCGAAGAAUAAUUCCCGGUUGUCAACCUCAGCCCCGGGGCUAACUCCCGGUCGCCGACCGAUUUAAUGGCCGGGAAUCCGAGGAGGGGCGCCGGUCUCAUCGGCUUGAUGAAGGACGCCUUUCAGCCCCACCAGCAGCCUCUGCAGCCUCACCAACCUGCUGUUGUCGAUAAGAAAAUGGUGGAGAAAUGCUGGAAACUCAUGGAUAAGGUGGUGCGUUUGUGCCAGAACCCCAAGGUGGCGCUGAAGAACAGCCCACCCUACAUCCUGGACCUGCUUCCGGAUACCUACCAGCACCUACGCACCAUUCUAUCCAGAUACGAGGGAAAAAUGGAGAUCCUUGGAGAGAACGAGUAUUUUCGCGUGGUCAUGGAGAAUUUGACCAACAAGACUAAGCAGACGAUGAGCCUUUUUAAGGAGGCCAAGGAGAGAAUGUAUGAGGAGAACUCCCAGCCCAGGCGAAACCUUACCAAGCUGUCUCUGAUCUUCAGUCACAUGUUAGCAGAACUAAAAGCCAUCUUCCCUAAUGGCCUGUUUCAAGGAGACAACUUCAGAAUCACCAAAGCUGACGCUGCUGAAUUUUGGAGAAGGUCAUUUGGGGACAAGACCAUAGUGCCAUGGAGGACAUUUCGUCAGGCCCUCCACGAGUUUCACCCCAUCAGCUCAGGCCUGGAGGCCAUGGCACUAAAGUCCACCAUCGACCUCACCUGCAACGACUACAUCUCUGUUUUUGAGUUUGACAUCUUCACCAGGCUCUUUCAGCCGUGGUCAUCUCUUUUAAGGAACUGGAACAGUCUGGCAGUCACACACCCUGGUUACAUGGCCUUCCUAACCUAUGACGAGGUCAAGGCCCGACUGCACAGGUUCAUCCAUAAACCUGGCAGUUACAUCUUCAGGCUGAGCUGCACCCGGCUGGGCCAGUGGGCCAUUGGCUACGUGACAGCUGAUGGGAACAUCCUGCAGACCAUCCCCCAUAACAAACCACUUUUCCAAGCCCUCAUUGAUGGAUACAGAGAGGGAUUCUAUCUGUUCCCAGAUGGCCGUGCACAGAACCCAGACCUAACCGGUCUGUGUGAACCAUCACCACAGGAUCACAUCAAAGUUACUCAGGAGCAGUAUGAGCUGUACUGUGAGAUGGGUUCCACUUUCCAGCUGUGUAAGAUCUGUGCGGAGAACGACAAGGAUGUGAAGAUCGAGCCCUGCAGGCACCUGAUGUGCACUUCCUGUCUGACUGCCUGGCAGGAGUCGGAGGGUCAAGGCUGCCCAUUUUGCCGCUGCGAGAUCAAAGGCACGGAGCCCAUCGUAGUGGACCCCUUCCACCCAAAGGCCAGCGGGGCUUCAUUCGCUGGGUUCCAGGGGUCCGGCAGAGCAGAAGCUGCUGGAAAUGAAGAAGAAGAAGAUGAUCGUCUGGAGGACCAGCACCUUGUCAUGAGCAGGCUAGCCUGCACCAAGGUUGAGCGUCCACCAUCUCCAGUGUCUCAGCUGCCUCCAGUGCCCCCGCGACUGGACCUCCUGCAGCAGAGACCCUCCAGCUCCCACGGUGCACUGGGCCAGGGGGCCACAGUUAAGAUGGCAGCCACUCAUAGAGACAAGCCUCUACCUCUGCCUCCAGCCCUGAGAGAGCUGCCCCCUCCGCCACCUCCCGAGCGCCCCUCCAUGGUCGGUCAGGACUCCAGACUCCAGAGGAGACCCCUGCCCUCCACCCCCGACCAGCCCGCCUGGGCUGCCAACUACAUGGUCCCACGUCCAGCAACGAAGGCCCCGUCAGCCCUGUCCUCCACCCCUCAGAGCAACGACACCAGUGGAGACAACAAACCCCAGUCAGCUACCAACGCCAUCUACUGUCUGGCCGCAAGGUCUCUGCCAGGGUCGGCGGUGCUGAGUGGGGAGAAGCCGCCGUCUGACAGUGAGGAGAAUGAGUACAUGAGUCCCACCUCCCUCCCAGCCACUGGUGCUCCCUGGGUCAUUACAGGCUCCUUGGUGCCGCCACCACCGGCCCAGACAAACCAGCACAAUGACAUCAGCAGUGAGGCGGGUGAGAGUGAGCCUGAGGAUCCCCAAGUCUACGAGUCCAUGUGUAAUAUCCAGGCCCAAGCUGGUUCAUCGGAGCCCCCGCAGACCUCAGAUCUGGAGCACUCCCAGCAUUCAGCUGUGGUUUCCCAGGAGAAGAAGGACGAGACCAGUGUGGAGGAUGUUUAUGACUGUCCCAGACCGGUCGUCCCUCUGGCGCCCACCAGACGAACACUGUCAGAUGUCAGCAGUCCCUCAGCUGCCUUCAGCACCCUCAGGAUAGAUGGUGCAAUAGAAGCAGGUAUGUUUGCAGCAGGUGUCGAACCUGAACGUCCCCCCAAACCACUCCCACGGCGAGCCAACUCCGACCGACGGCCUCGGCCUUUAAACCGUGAAUAUAAUGCUCCAUUGCCGGACCUCCCUGAUCCCUUCUCUGCCUCCUCCCCACCUCCUCCUGCUCCUCCCCCUCCUCCUGUGGGCCCUGGAAGCCUGGCCCUAAACGGGGAGAUUGAAUGCCUGAUGUCCCAAGGCUACUCCAUCCAGGACAUCCAGAAAGCCCUGAUGAUCGCCCAGAACAACCUGGAGACGGCCAAGAACAUCCUUCGCGAGUUUGUCUCCAUCCCCUCCACAGCACACAUCGCAACAUAGUCACUCCAGUGACGCUCAUCCUCUCUGUCUCGUCUCUGUCUACACUCUGUGCCAUUAUCAUGGAUAGCAUUUACCAAGCACUUUCCUGCAGGGCCACAAGUACUUGCCAAAAGGCUUUACUCUGAGGAGUGGUGCCGCGUUCACGUCAUAUCAGAAGAUGAAAGAGAUAACAGCUACGUCAUCUGCAAGUUUUUAAUCACUGACUCAUGAAAAGUCAUUUGUAACGAACAGUGAACAAACCGCAGCAGGCAUUUCUUUUCUAAGAGGAGUUUGAGGGUGGAAAUAUUCUAUUUUGAUUAUCUUGGACUGCUGUGUGGUUGCUUUGAAACCUAUAGUCCAGUUUUGCUGAAGGAGCAGCUCAGUCUCAGAGACAGACAUUAGCUUUGAUAUGACCUGAACGCAGCACACAUGGAAAAUCAAAGGCUUGAACGUGUGCUCUCUGUAGCAAAGCUUUGACCCCCCGCUGUACUUUGCUGAGGUCGACUCGUGCUGUGGCAGUGUUUCCCCUCAGUCUGAGUACCUUCUCUCAUUAAGCUACGUGUUGAAGCUGCACUGACUUUAAAAUCAGUUGAGGCACCGUGCGGGUCGCUGCUUUUGACCCGGUGUCCCACUGCUGGCAGCCGUUCAGUUUGGUGCUUUACAGGCUUCUUGGCAAAUUGUGGCGUACGAAUAUGUAGCGACACGAGUUCGGUCGGAAAUUAGUGAUUAACUCCGUGGCGUUUGUGUGCCCGCGCUGAUGAAUGUGAAUGUCGAGUUGCAGUUGAAGUGUUGCAGGGCUUCAUGUCGUACGCGUCGCUGUGGCUCGCUCUGUUUCGAUGGUUAUUUGACAAGUUGAACGCGACUUCAUAUCUCCUGUCAGCUCCUGGAUCAGUGAUGGUUUAUAAUGAAAUAAUAAGUUUAAUGUUUAAGUACUCUCAUAACGUGUUGUGCUGUGUGUGGUACUAACAAUGGCUGAAUUUUGAGAAGUCCAUUAUUUCAUUUAAUCCCCUGAUUUCCUGCCACCUUUCGGGGUGGUCUGACACUGAAGGCUGAUUUAUUUAGUAAAAAGCUUAUGUAUAUUACUCAUAUAGUUUCUUACUAAAAGGUGAAAAGACUUUAACACGAGCUGUUAGAUUUCCUCUCACAUGUCUGUGUGCUUUUAGAUCAGUACCACAUUUACACCCAGAACAGCUUCGCUGGGUUUACUGAAAAAUCAAAUUGAAGGGACUGACACUGAACUCUAAAACAAAAAAAAAAACAAAAAACUGAAGGUGGUGUGUUGUCAUGUGGACUCAGGUACUCAGUAAUAAGCCAGGGUUUUAUGUACUGACGAAUGAGUUGAUGCUUAAAGGACGCAGGGACGAUAAAAUGACGUUGGCAGUGUUACAGAAACAUUCCAGUGACUGAAUUUUCUUGCUUAUUUGUUAAUCUGCUCGCAUUUUAUAUAACCUACAUUAUUUAAUAGUUUCAAAUCAGUGUUGCAGUUUUUCCCCAAGGUCAUUUCAGACUCAUCAGACCUGUUACAGCCAUCUCAGAGAGCUCAGACGCUUCUGUCACUCAGCAGCUCGUCAAAUGUUCGCUGACUUUUCAACCUUCUAAGCAAUUAAUGAGAUAUUAGAGCUUACAUGAUUAGCUGAUGAACUGAUCAGUUGAUCAGCAGAAGAUUAAUUAGCAACUAUUUUUGAUAAGUUAUUAAUUAUUUGAGUCAGUUUCUUUUCAUUAUUUGUCUUACAUGAAAGUGAAUCAGUAUUUUGUUUUGUACUGUGAUUUCUGUUUAGUGCUAAUUAGCUAAACUAAGCUGGUGAACAUUAUACCUGUAAAACAUCAGCCCUGUCACUGUGGUCAAGCAUUUAGCUUCUGUAUAGCCUAACAGAGCUGCUAGCACAGCUGUCGACUCUUGCUCUUGUUUUUUCCUCCUUAAAAGUUGUGAGAUUUUAAAUCAUCAACAGUUUACACUGUAAAUCAUUUCAUGAUCUGCUGAGUGGCUGAAAUCUGAGAGUCUGAGCUGGAUCAGGGCUGGUCUGAGUUUCAGAUCCUCAAUCAGUUAGACCUCACUCAAGUCCCUUCUCCAACUUCUUUCCAGUGGACCAGUAAUGAGCAGCUGCCCCUCCCCAGCACCACACUUUUACCUUUACAAUACUUCACCCCAUCAGUGGGAUUUUGAUGUUUUUAACCCAACCACAGGAUCACAGACACAUUAAGAGCAAAGAUGAAAAGAUGUCUGAGCCAUCAAAGCAGGGAGUCUGAUCUGAGUCCAGGACUACAUUAGUGCAGAAUACAAAUGUACAGUAAGAGAAGCUCUGUUCACUGUAAAAACACGGCUGUUCCAUUUUAAUGAGCGUAUUUAGGAACACUGCCAGAAACUAGACAGACAGAAACUGAGCAUCUCGUUUCCACUUUCACAUACAAAACAGGAAAAUAACCCUGAGCGCAACUUCUCCUUUUUCUCCUCCAAAACAGAUCUUCAGUGGUCACAUGAUUUCUGCACUAACAUACACAGUAAAUGUGCCUUCUGUCAAUCGCAACCUGCACAUGUCAGCAGAGAAACCAAAACACUUUCACCACAUUUGCUGCUGAAAUGAAGUUGAAAUCCGCACAGCUUCGGGUUUUUAUCGGAGCCAUUUCCUGACAGUGUUUUGUCUCCUUCAUUAACAAUAAAUCAAGAGUUUGGGGUUAGUUCUUCUCAUGGGGUGAUAGAGGAGAUGUCAAAAACUGAUAAUUAGGGCAAUACCUAUACUUUUUUUUUUUUUUGUUAGGCCAGAAAAGAGAUUUGAAUAAAUACAGUUGUUAUGGACACUUCCCAUAAAUGUGGUUGAUAAGAAUUUGUGGCCAAGGUAUGUCUGAAGUUUUUUCAUUUUUCAUUUGAAAAAUAAACUUGUUAGUGCUCCCUGGUGGGCAAACUAUGUAAUGGCGACAGUUUCUGAAUACAUUGAAUCAGAUCAUUGUUAGGGAGAGGACACUGCAUUCACCAAAGUUGGCUAUAUAUAUAUAUAUAUAUAUCCAUAAUAUAUUAUAUCCAAUUUUUGUUCAAUUUAGGGAAUGCAUGAGCAAAGAAUUAAAAUGAGCAAGAACUCAGAUUACGUUGGAAGUGGAGAUUUAUCACGUUCCCGCAGACACGGCUGAGGUUGGUGAAUCUGGCAUCUCAGUUUUCUGUCUUGCUGUGAUCCCACAGAAUAUCAACCAGCUUUAAUUGCCCCCAAACCAAAAGCAUUUCAAAGCGACUAGCUGCCCCUUCAUGUUGCCCCUAUGCUCGUUUUGAAAUAGGGAGGAUGUGUCGUCAGUCCUUUGGCUUUGUGUUCUCUUGAUCUCAGCGUUUGAACACUAACAGGGGACUAACUCUUGACCGUGAUGAAAAGUGCCGCUGUGUGAAGAUACACUUGAGACUGACAUCGAUGCCAGAGGCUCCACUGGCUCACACACACACACACACACACACACACACACACACACACACACACACACACACACACACACACACACACACACACACACAUUUCCCCUUAGAGUCAGCGGUAAACUCAGCUGGUGUGUUUCAGACCCACUGGUUAAUGAUAUUUGUGGUAUGAUCAUGUUAACUAGCCUUUUCAACAGGAACUUGCCUACUAAAACAUUGUCUUCAUUGCUUUGUUAUUGCCUGUGUAAAUAUGAUUUUAUUUAUUGUCUUUUUAAUAUCCUCAGCAUUCAUUGUGUUGCCAUGUUUUCAUGCCUAAGCCAUUAAGAUUUUUAAUUAAACAGUAUUUUCUGUAACAUUUGA